GCAUGGAAUUCCGCUCAGCGCGGCGAGCAAUCCUACGGCUGCUGCGUACGGUGACUCCCGCGGACCUCCCAGCGCUGCUCGAAUGGAUGCGAACUACCCGAGAUUUUGAUGAAUUCACUCAAGAUAAUAACGACAUUCUGUUGAAAAACAUAGCAGAGGACCUUCGGAAUUGCUUACCUCUAGAAACCAUGCUUUCCUCAGAACAUGUAGCCCUCCAAAAAAUACAGCAGCAGCCAGAACCCACAGUUCACGUUGAUGCAUUCCUUUAUGAUGAAGACUUUAUUGAUUCAUUAUGUGAGGAAGGAAAAAUGAGCAGAAAUUACUGUAUGGUGUGUGGCUCACACCAGACGGCACCUUUAGGAUUUAUUUCUCAUUCCUUCUCCCUCAUGGAAUUGAAGUUCAUUUAUCAUCAUGUACUCCCUGAUCUGUCGGGAAAGGUCUUGGUUGAUGUUGGCUCCAGGCUUGGCACAGUCCUUUAUGGGGGUUAUCUUUACAGUUCAGCACUGCAACUAUAUGGAGUAGAAUUGAAUGGAGACUUUUGCCAGUUGCAGGAAAUGGUCAUAAAAAAAUACCAGUUCACUGACAGAAUAAAGGUGCUUCAUGCAGACAUCUGUACCCAGGGUUCACUGCUGCAAAAUGCUGAUGUCAUUAUCAUGAAUAAUGUCUUCGAAUAUUUUCUUGAUGAGGCCGAACAGGCCAGAGCCUGGGAAUAUAUCAGUCAAAAUGUAAGGAAACAAGGAUCGUUAUUAGUAACAGUACCAAGUCUUGAAGAUUCUCUCUCAGGCCUUCAGAUUAAUAUACAGUUAUCUUCCUGGGUUGAAGAGGUACCACUGAACUAUGAUGUAUACCCAGAAAAGCAUAUUGACAGAGAAGCUCUUGAACAAAUUCAUUUGUAUAAGAUUCUCUAACAUUAAAAUAGUCCUACCUCAGUGUAAUGGUUUGUUGAGUAUAUUACAAAUUAAUAAAAAAGAAACAUCACCCCAGUACCCUAACACAUAUUUCUGUAUAUUCCUUUCUAGACUUUGUAUGUAUGUUUACAUAUUUGUAAGUAGUCUUAUGGGUAUAUAUGCACAUAUAUAGUUGUGUAUAGACACAUA